ACGUAAACAUACUUUUGGUUGUAAGGUCUUUGAAAAGUUAUAAAAAUACUGUUUAGUACGUAGUUCAAUUUCAAAUUCAUACCGUUCAUACCAAUAUAUUUAUUCUCUAAUUAACGGAAAAAAAAUAUGUAACAUAAAAUUUAAAUAGGGAAUGUAAUAAAUAACGACUAAAAAUAUCUGAAUGCUAAGUGAAACUGAAAUGAAAUUUGUAAAUCAAAACAUAAUCAAGGAAAUAUGAAACAAAGUAAUAUUCAGCAUUCAUAGUUUAUAAAAUGCAGAACAUAUCGUCCACAUAUUUUAAAGUAGAGCAACUUUUGAGUGAAAUUCAAGAACUUGUGGCAAGCAUUCUAAGUGUUCAUUCCAAAGAAUCAGUUCCACUUAAUGAUGACAAUUUGCUGGUACAUAGAUUAUGCAUGGCGCUUGAAAAUAUUUUUCGAGCUGGUGCUAAAGAAAAGUAUAGUUUUACUGGCGCAAAGAAAGAUUUUUGGAAUUUUCUUAGUGAAAGUUUGCCCAAGGAAGAAAUUAUUCGUUUUAUCAAUUCUAUUUCUGAUUUUAGAACUUACCAAGGUAAAGGAAGGGCUUUUAUUAGACAAGCUUUAAUGGAGAAGUGUUUGGCAGACAUGCUUCAGCGUUGCAUCAUCAAUGAAAAAUUUAUUAAAGAUUAUUUUGAAGCUGGCUCAAUUUUCCAAAACAAAACUCUUUUUGGCUCUUUGAUAAAUUCUCUUUAUGAUUUAAAUUCUAUACCAUUUAAUCUUCCUUAUAAAGGUUAUGAUUUGGAUAGAAGUUGGCCUUCAUUUUCCAGAACAGCUUUUUAUGAGAAAAAAAGGUCAAGUUCACAAUCAAGUUUGCUUACUUUGAAUGAAGAGGUAGUUUCAGAUCUUUUUUUGCUUCUGAAAAAUCACAUAAAUAUGAUAGAUGUCUUGUUAAGAGACUGGGACAAUGGAUAUAAGCCAGAAAAUAUUUCAAAAGUGUACAGUCAUCCUUUAGAAGAAUUUAUUGACAUGCUUAUGGCUGUACAUUCUGAGCUAGUUAAAUUAAAACUAAAUCACCAAAAAUUAAAUGAUGACUUGAAUGCUUUAGAAAAAGAAAAAAUGUUUAUUCAAGUAGAUUCUGAUUUCAGAAUAAAGCAACUACAGGAACAGACUAAAGAAAUUGAAAAAAAUCUUCUUCUGUCAAAUCAAUCAGAGCUGGAUGCCUUAAAGUCUGAGAAUGAUAUGUUGUUAGAAAAAUGCAAGGUUCAAGAAGAAAAGUUAUACAAAUAUUUUAAUACAACUAACGACUUUACUCAUAAAAUAGCAAACCUAGAAGAGCAAAAUAAGAUGCUGAAAUUAGAAAUAAACAAUCUUACAUAUGAGUUAAACAAAAGAAAUGAAACCAUUGCAGUACAAGAGAAAGAAUUGUUAGUUUUACAAAAUAUAAAUGCAAAAUCUGAACAAAAGUUUGAGGAGUUAAUGAGAGAUAUUAAAGAUCAAAUUCAAGAGAGUCAUAUUAGUUUAAAUAGUAAAAAAGAAUAUAUCUUGAAAAUUCAAAAUUUAGAGAAAAAACUGGAAGAUGAAUCUCGUAAAAAAGAUUAUUUAGAAACUUUGUUAAAAAAGAAUGAAUUUAAUUCAGAAAAACAGUUACAUGAUAUGUGGCAAGUAUUCAUUAAUGAGGUAGCAAAUUUGUUUAAAGCAGAUAUAAGUAAGGAUCAAAUUGAUGAUGUCAUUAGUUUGCAUUGUGGAGAAGAUGCUGCUUUAAAGAUUAUAACCAAGGUCCACAAUCAAUUUGAGGCUACUAAAGUGUUAAAAACUCAAGCAGAAGAAUCUGCAGAAAAUCUUAAACUUGAAAAAACAAGACUAGAGAAAGAUUUAAAUGAUUUACAAAAAGAAAUUUUAGCAUUUCAAAACCAAGUUGACAUCUUAAAAGCAGAAAUUAGCAUCUUGAAUAGAGAAAAUGAAGUUGCUCUUAAAGAUAAUGAAUUUCUCAAGGCUGAGGUGCAAAAAGUAACAAUUGGUUUUGAAAGUUUCAAAUUGAAGUUUGAACAUGAAGAGAAUGCAAGAAAAUCUCAAGAGGCUUCUUUCAAAAAUGAAAUAUGUAUACUAUCAGAAGAAGUAAAAAGUUUGGAAUUUCAUCUCAGUACAAAUGAAAUAAAAUACAAAGAUACUUUAAAGGAAAAAGAAAGCUGUAAAGUUGACUAUGAAAAGUGCAAAAUGGACUACAAGGAGUUGGUUAACUCUUUUGAAAAUAUUCAAAGCUUAAACAGUUCAAAUUUAAAAGAAAUCUUAUAUUUACAAGAAGAAAACAAACAAAAAAUUACUGAGAUUUUAGAAAUGAAGUCAGAAAUUGAUAAUCUUAAAUUAGAAUUAAAAAACUGCUUUAAAGAAAAAGAAGAUGUUUGUGAAUUAUAUCAAAAAACUAAAGAAGACUUUGAUAGAUUGAAUAUAGAAAAAUCAAUUAGUGAACAUAAGCAUGAAGAAAUAAUACAACAAAUUAAAAGUGACACUGAUGAUAUGAAAGAUCAACUUAUAAAACUUGCUAAAGAUAAAGAAGAACUUUGGGAGCAAAAAAAUGCUUUGGAAAUUACACUACAUUCUAGGAUAGCAAACUACUGUAUAGAUGAUAAAGAUGUAGAAAAAUGUAUGCAUUGUUUGAAAAUAUUUUCUUUGGCUAACAGAAAGCAUCAUUGUCGAUUGUGUUGUGGUACAUUCUGUAAAGUAUGCUCUAAUGAAAAAAUUCAAACACAAUUCAGCAGAAAAAAGAUUAGAUGUUGUCAAACUUGUGUUCAUUUGUUCAAAGAUAAAUACUCGUUAGAAGAUGUUAUAGCAGAUGAUGUUUCAUCAGACACAAGUAGCAUUUAUGUUGUUAAUGUCAGCUCAUUAACUGAAGAGGAUCUAGACGAGUUGUCUCCAGGUGGCUUUGAAGAACUAGAUCAGAAUGAUGUCAAUAAUUCAAAAAUAAUUAGCAAGAAUAUGGAAUCUAUAAGACUUUAUGAGAAUGACAUCAAACAAAAUGCUAUUGUACCUAUUGUUCAACAAGAUAAUGAGGGUCCAGGUGACAAAAUGGAUUUUUUAAUUACAGCUGGAACUCAAUGUCUUUUUCCUUUAGUUAUUGGAAGCAUAAAAUUUGAGUUGGUUUGGGAGUUUGAGUCAUCUCCAAAAGACAUUAGUUUCGGGAUUGCUUAUAAAGAAAAUGAACAGCUUUUGGACAGUGAAAUUGAGACUGUUAUACCAUUGUCACGUUACUGUUCACACAGACAAAUCAUUCAUGGAAGAAUGCCAGUUGACAAACCAGGAAUUUACAUAAUAAUUUUUAGCAAUUUAUACUCAAGAUUUUUAUCUAAAAACGUUAAAUUUUCGUUCCGAUUGUGUCCAUUAAUUACUGAUUGCAAACGUUAAAUUAUUUGUUGGUUUUUAAUAUAAUGGAGUCGUCUAUUCCGAUAUUCCAAUAUUAUUAUUAAUCAAGCAAAUAAGAGAAUAUCGAAAACUGUUUUA